AAAUCAAUUUUGUAGUUUUCUGAAAUACUCGACGUUGCAGCUGGCCGUCUUCGAUAUCAUCGUCAGCGCAAAUUAGGAACAAGAAACGACUCAAACUCCGACUUUUUUAAUUUUCUUUACGCACAACACAUACACAUUCUCUGAUUAGUUCACACACACUGCGGUGCUGAAAUCUUAGCAAAAUGUCAGCUCUCUCCAAUUCUGUUGUGAUUUCUGAACGCCCUCUCCUCCAUCCAUCUUCUGGUUCUUCUCUGAAAUCAGCAGAGGGCUUAGGGUCCUCCAAGUUGGCCUUCAGUAUAAAUGGCACUAAGAAAUCGAGGAGCCUGAGUAAAGCACUCACCGUUCAAGCCAGUUACAGAGAUGGUGGAAGGCCAAGCAGUGGUGGAAGUGUCUUUAUUAGUGGAUUUGUUCUAGGAGGACUAAUUGUUGGAACUCUUGGCUGUGUGUAUGCACCCCAGAUCAGUAAGGCUAUAACUGGUACUGACAAAAAGGAUUUGAUGAAAAAGCUGCCCAAAUUCCUAUACGAUGAAGAAAAAGCUCUGGAGAAGCAACGCAAGAAACUAGCUGAGAAGAUCGAACAACUCAACUCAGCUAUAGAUAACGUGUCGACUCAAUUAAGGACAGAAGAACCCCCUACUGAGGAAGCUUUGAAUGUAGAGGACAUAGAAGCUGUUGUCUAAAGUUGUCACUCCUCUCGAAUUGGACCUCCUACAUGAUUGUUGCAUAAGACACCCGUCGUUUUGCUUUUUGGGAUAUACACUUGUUUGUUCGUGCUUUCAAAACUAGUUACAUGAGAUGUUAGCUUGCAAUUGUUUCAAAAAUAUGAAUUGUCAAAGCUGAGAUUGUUCCUACAAUGGAGAUAUGCAAAUAAUAACUUACUUGUUUAA